CAAAAAGCCGGGCAAAGAGAUUCAAACUCAAAGUCGUCGGAGUCAUACUCAGAACUACACCGUGAUGACCACAGGUUCCCUUGUGAAAUUGUGAUUGCAGAGUGUCUUUGUCAGGGAUGCAUCAUCAACCAGCGAGAAAAGCUGAGUUACAAAUCAGUUCCAGUGUUUGCGCCGCUGCUGGUUCUGAGGAAGGUUCAGUGUCCAGUUGAUCCCAACAAAUACAUUCUGAAAAAAGAUUUAAUCAAAAUCCCAGUGGCUUGCACAUGCGUGGUUCCAAAAUACAUUAAAUAA